CAGAGCUUAAGAGUGACUCAGGGUUUGUCCAAACUGCCAUGCAGCUGCUGGGAGCGGCAUAAAGGUGGCUGGGCCUUUUCCCACAAAAAAAUGUUAACAGCCACAGAGAUUUUCAGCCCCAAGGACCUCUGCCUAUGAAUCCUGUCAGCUUCCUUGCCACCUCCAUAGCCUAUCAACAAAUCAACUAGCUUUUUCUUUCACAGGCCAUUAUAUUUCCCACUUCUUUCUUUGGCACAAAGCAAAAACGAGUCACAGAGGCUUCUCAAGCUGAGCUGGAGACAUGGCUGCACACACAGCUACAAGUGAGGAAAAUGCUGCUUGUUUUCACUCUCUGCCUGAUACAUGACAGCCUGUUACACAAAAUCAGCAGCAAAACUCCCCCCUACUUUUGCAAAAAAAAAUAACCCAACCCAAAACUUAUGUAACUCUGCAACUAAUCUUUGUUAAUCUUGAGCAAGGCAUUUAAAUCAGGGAAUAAGCCUAUUCUUCUCAUCCUCCCCCCCACCCCCCAGUCUAUCUGCACAGUGAAAAGAGAAACAAAUAGAAGCAAAGUUCGCAGCCUGGUGGUUUUUCCUUUUGACAAGAGCAAAGUGGCAUCGUGUCCUGAGACUGCUCUGAAGUAAAGCCUCCUGCUGUGCCUUACCCCGAGCACCUUAAGAGAAAAGCUGCUUUGGGAGCAGUUGUCUGCUGCUCUUGGCUGAAGCAUGGAAAUCUCUACUCUCGCCACGUACCACUGCCUUGCUUUUGUCUGGUAUUUUUUCGUUGCCUAUUCCAUCACACACAUAAAAACAGAGGAGCGGACAUCUGAAGUGUUCCUUUACGGUGGGCAGUGGAAAUAUUUGACAGUCCUCAAUCUGGUUUUGCAGGCUGUCUUCUAUGGGGUGUCCUUCCUCGCUGAUGUGUUGAGACUGAUUAAGAAACUGCGAUGUGCUAAGUGCGUAAUUUCCAGCAGAGACCUUCUUUUCAGUGUCCUGGCCUUCCCAGUGUCCACAUUUGUGUGUAUAUCCUUUUGGACACUGUAUACCUACAACAGAGAGCUGGUUUACCCCAAAAGCCUUGAUGGAGUCAUCCCGCUCUGGUUAAAUCAUGCUAUGCACACAGCUGUAUUGCCAUUUGCUCUCCUGGAAAUCUUUGCCUUGCCACAUCGUUACCCAGCAAAGAAGAAGGGAUUGAUCCUACUGGGAUUUGUCGCUUUUCUCUAUAUCAGUUGGGUCCUGUGGAUUCAUUCAGUAACAGGAGAGUGGGUAUAUCCUCUCUUUGCUUUGUUCAGCCCCCCUGGGCUAGCAGCCUUUUUUGCCGGUAGCCUUGCCAUCAUCAUCUCCUUCUACAACUUCGGAGAGUUCCUCAACCGUAUGAUAUGGGGAGAUUCAAUAGUAAUACUGGACCACAAAUGGAAAGGCAAGUGAAUCCUCCUCUUGAAGCCAAACAAUCUCUCCAUGAAUGCUCAAGCCAUGAAGUAGAGGAAAAUAAAUGUAGCUGUGAUAAAUCCUUUCUCCAAUGCAUUGCAGCUUCUGUUGAAGACAUUAUGACAUCAGACAUAUGGAAAACUGGUGGAAAAUAUGAAAUGUUUGCCUCUUUCAUGAUAACUCUGCAACUGCUAUGAAUAAGAAAAUUGUGCUCAUCUGUUUACACAGAUUUCUCAUCUCUUGCACAACGUACGUGAGGAUGUGUCCGUGGUUAAAAGUUGUCACUGGUAAAUGCACUCUCUCAUGAGCCUCGCACCACUCUGUAAAAGACCUGUGAAUGCAAGCCAGCUCUUGUUUGGAUUGCCCUUCAUCAAGUCUGGAAAAAAUUAAGAGGAGAGAUAAUUUUAACAGUGCUGUGACUUCCAAGCUAGCUAGAUAACAAAUUGGGCUAACAAGCACUGUAAUUAGAAAUGUCUGCUCAGAAAGUUCACCAAGAAGCCGAGUUCUUCUAACGAGAAACUUUCUGUAAUAUUAAUAUGCUUAAUAUCUACCCUCCAUUUUAACAGGAAAUGUGAAGGCAACAAUUUCUUCCUUUUUCUUGGUUUCAGUUAAUCUCGCAGCAAAAGUAACCUAAUUAUACUGACUGUAUGAUUGCUUUGACAGAAAGCAUGUUAAUUUAAAGCACUGUUUAACAUAAAGCUGCCUGCCAUAUAAUUACACUCCAUUCACAUGUUUACUAAUUUUCCUCAAUAUAGUUGAUUUCUGUUAUUAGCCUCAACAUUUUGUUAACAUCCAAAACACUGGAGAUCUGCUUUGCAAACUCCAAUAAACAUGCAAAACCAAGAGUAGCAUAAGUGUUCCUUAAUGGUCAAUGUGAAAGAGAAAAAUCUCUCUUAUUAUUUCUGCAUUCAAAGAGGAUUUGAAACUAGUUGCAAUACUUAAAUGUCUAACUCCAUCCUCAUUGCCAAAACCCCUCGUUUAGAGCUACUGCUCACACAGUUCACUGGGGUAUUAUUUUCACCUUUCAAACGCCACUGGAGCUUAGUAAAAAUGAAACACAUUGUAAGCUGCCUGUGAGCAAUAAAAAGAUAAUGUGUAUACAUAAGAUUGUUCUUCUCAUGUGUUAAGCACCUGAUAAAAAUUCUAAUCUGGGAAGUUAACAUGCAAGGCCUAGACUGUAAACUAAAUGAACUCAAUGAGAGAUCUGCAUGCAUUCAGUAAUUCCCAGCUUAUCUAGAUAACUCACUGCAGCUAACUUUGCAAAGGGAAUGUAAGCAAUUACACAUGCCCACACAUAAACACACUCCUCCCUCCUUUCUUCUUGAAGCUGAGAGAUGCUGGUCAAAGGAAAUAUAUUGGAGAGACAGAAGAAAAAACAUGGAGGGAAUUAGGGAAGAAGAGGAAGUUAUGGAAACUCCCUGUACAGGGUUUUUGGUAUUUUUGUCUCUACCUCUCUUCUUUUUAAAUUCUUUUAUUUUGUACUGAUACUCCAGUACAAACAGUUUAGUUGAAAUGAAAAUAUGAAAUUAAUGAAAUGAAGCCUAGGCCCCAGCACAGAGGGAUAGGUCUUUCCACUUCCAACCAGAGGAGACAAACAGCAGACCUCACCCUCAGCUCCUGCUUACACCAGGGGUGCAUUGGGGAUCUGAUGUGGGGACUGAGCUGCUGGACUUUGAGGAGAAUCAUGAGGGAGGUUGUUUAUUUCUUUGAAAAGGGCUCAGAAGAGGCACUUCUCUAUGCUACAUCCUGUGUGAAGAGAAGCUGGAUUCCAGUCAUGCACUUUUGGAAAGCAAUGAGGAAUGCCUGUGUCCAAAAUACAACUGCUGGGAUCUCAGA